AUGUUUCACCCGACCAUGGCCGCCCUACGACCCGCGGGUCACGGGUCAAGGGCCGUGCAUCCUGCAAGACGACGGGUGUCUCCGUGGGUGGGACACUGCCAUCCUUCCUAUGUUGCAGAUGCAGCACUCAUCGUGUCAUUUCUUCGUCUACGUGCUUCCAAGAGGCCGUCAGCCAGUGCUGUGCGCCAGAAGCUGGCCAAGGGUGUUCUCCAACGUGCUGUUGAUGUGCCAGACCCGGUGGCAGAGUUUCAGGCAUUGCGAGAGGAUCGGGAUUUGGGCUCAGACUUGCACACAAGGAUCCAUUCGCCUCAUGGAGUCUAUUAG